UCCCUCGGAAGCGAGGGGAAGGCCGGGCCGGGGCCUGAGCGCGGAUCCUCCGCACGGUAGGAGCCCGCCGCGGGGCCGGGAGCACGCGGGGCGGAGGUCUGAGCCGCUCUGCUCCCGCAGCCGCGGCUGUAGGCCUCGGGUGGGCCACCGUCCCUCGGCGCGGCCCCGGUGCUCGUCCCGCUCGGGAGCCGCGUCCUCCCAUCCCCCGGGAGCGCGGCGUCCCGGCAGAGGGCGGGAGGCGGCCCUCUCUCGGAGGGGUGAGCGGGACGGGACGGGACGGGACGUGCCGUGCCAGGCAGCGGAGUUUUACCUUGGUAAAGGUAUACUGGACGAGUAGCAAGUAUUGCCUUCCUUGAAGGACGCUUUUAGGAUGUCUGAAGAUGAUGACAAAGUUAAGCUCCGUCGAAUUGAACCUGCCAUUCAAAAGUUCAUUAAGGUGGCAAUUCCAACAGAUUUGGAAAGAUUAAGAAAACACCAAAUAAAUAUUGAGAAGUAUCAAAGAUGCAGACUCUGGGACAGAUUGCAUGAAGAGCACAUUAACGCAGGACGAACAGUUCAGCAACUUCGAGCCAAUAUGAGAGAGAUGGAAAAACUUUGUUUGCGAGUCCGACAGGAAGACAUCCCAGUUCUGCAACGAAUGAUAAACCCAGUGAAAGAUGAAGCUUCAUCUGCCAUAAAACACUUCCUGCAGCUCCAUUCUGAAUCUGCAGAAGAACUUAAAAGGCAACUAGAAGGACAGGAGGAUGCCUCCUUAACAAGAUCUGCAACUGUAGGAGGAGGAGAAACGUCAUACAUCACGGAAGCAAAGGACGGGUCUCAAAGCUUAAUCCAGAUAUGUUCUCCCCUUCCUGAGAUACCUCAGAAUGAAAAUGCAGCUGAGUCCUGGGAAACGUUAGAAGAGGACUUGAUUCAGCUUAGCCAGUUGGUGACUGACUUUUCCGUGUUAGUCAGUUCUCAGCAGGAGAAGAUUGACAGGAUUGAAGACCACGUCAACAGUGCUGCUGCGAAUACAGAGGAGGGAACCAAAAACCUGGCGAAGGCUGCAAAAUACAAGCUGGCAGCUCUGCCCGUGGCAGGUGCAGUCAUUGGAGGAGUGGUGGGGGGUCCUAUUGGUCUCCUUGCAGGCUUCAAAGUGGCAGGAAUUGCAGCUGCACUUGGUGGUGGGAUUUUGGGUUUCACAGGUGGAAAACUGAUACAAAGAAGAAAACAGAAACAGAUCGAGCAGGUCUCUUGCAGCUGUCCAGAGCUUUCUUGCCAAAGUGCCAAAAAAUCCAGCUGAAGUAUAGACUCGUUACAACGAGGAACAGAAGUACAGUAGCUGUGCUAAUGACAGACUUGCAGCCUCCUGCUUUAGAUUUGAGGCUGAGAGGUGUGAAUUCUGCAGCAGUACAGUUACGUGGGAAGGGUGAAACAGUAACGUCAGAACUUUGGGGCUUUCUCUUUUCAGAUGUGAUAAGUGACUUCAGUCUUUUAACUCUGAGAACUAUGGGGUAACUUUUAAUUAUAAAAUCCCUAGAAGAGAGAUGUCAACAGCUGAUGGGUGACAGGUGCUUCAAGCCAAAUUUGCACAAAAUGCCUUUCAGAUAAAGAGACUUAGGAAACGAGUGCUUUCUCAUGAACACCCUCCCCAGAAGCCGGAGCUUGUAUUAUAUUGUUAUUAUUAUAAUUGUAUAUAAUUUUAAAUUCCUGUCUGCCAGAGACAGGAAAACAAGCUCCCAUCUAUAUUUAUGUUCAGGGCACUUUAAAAUCUCCUCUUUUUAUCUGGAUUCCCAAACUCCUCCUUUGUAUACCACCAGGACAGAACAGCUAUGCACAGGGAAGCACUGUUUGCCAUAGAGUAAGGUUAAAACACUGGGCGAGUAAUGUGGAGAAACAUAUGCAUAUCCAGCAUCUGUCUGCAUCAGCCAGCUCAGAUCAGCAUCUUUUAUUUAUUUUAUUUUCUGUACUUCCCAGUUAGUUAGGAUUUAAACAGCCUAAGAAGCAGCAGUGGGGGAAAGAGUCAGUUUCCAUGGCUCUUGAGCUCCUUGGCUUGUCUCAGGAACUGUGCUCAGAACGAAGCGCCAACCUCCAGCACUCUGACCAAGGAGCCUCAGCUGCCUUUAGCAGUGCUCAGGGCCAGCUGCUGCCCUCGCUUCUGUCCUGGCACCAGCAGUGCCAUGGAGGGAGAGCUUCACUGGAGGUCUGCUCCCUCCGUGGCCUUUAUCCAAGGGUGGGUAUCUUUUAUACCAAGGGUGGAUGGAGAAGCAGCAAGGCCUGGUGAGAAAUCUGUUCAAUGGGGCAGCUGUUGUGCUGGCAGCUUCACAGUACGUGAUCCACCCUUGCUCAGGUCAGCCGCAUAGCACCUGUACACUGUUCAGCUCUGAGACUUGUGCUCUGUUCCCCCUGUAUGGCUGCCUCUUGGCCUUUUCAGCGGAGAUUUUGGGGCGCGUUGUUAGGGCUUUCUCGAGCUUUUUACGGUAAUACACUGCCUUCUGAUUUCACUGCUUCAGAAGCCAUUUGCUUCUGUAAUCUCUGCUGUUGUACGCCAGAGUGCUAAUGCUUUUAUUUUCGCAUCGUCGUACUGUUACGCAUAUAGUCCUACCUCCAUCUUUUGAGAAUGGAGCGUUCCCUAGCAGGGAAUGCUGGAUACAGAAGCAAACUGUACAUACAGAGAGCUCCCUUUUGUUAACCAUGGAAAGAAGCAUCUGCUAAUGAGAGGCGAUAGGUUUUCGUGCCUAGAGACACUGUAAGCAACCGUUAAUUACAGCACAAGCAUCUUUUUCUGAACAGUUCUUCCAUACUACUUUUACAGUGUGAUUGGAAUUGCUAUCAGCCAGAGCAGCGCAUCUGUUUUAAGUAGGGCUGAGGCUCAGGGAAGCGACGCGUACGAGAACAGUUCUCACAGGUAAUCAUGAACGUUGUCAGGGCUGCGUGUGCUGAAGCCACAGUGCCUACAUCUGUAAAAUCAGCAGGAGUGGGAAACGCGAGCCACGUAAUGCAGCGUGUUUCCUCCUGUCAUGCAAAAAACCUUCUGUUUAAAUGCAUCUACUUUGGAUGUAAAUAUAUUGAAUGAGUUUGUAACACGCGAAGGCUGUUAAUUCCAGCGACUGGUAGUAAUGGCUGCAUUUAAAGAAAGAAACCAAGGAAGAAGUGCUUAAGUGGAAACUGUGGUUGAGUCGUGGUAUCGUUUAAAAUAGCCGGAUCUGCUGUCCUCCUGUCUGCUUCUGAACCCCAUCCACUUAAAUGGCAGCAGCCACAUCAGACACCGCAGGACCUCCUCACUCCUCCUAAGGCCGGGACAAUCCACGCCCACCAAACUGAACUUCUGCCACUGCUCAGCCUGGGUCAGCUUCCCCCACGCCCUCUUUAUAAAGCAUCUCCCACAAGGACCGUUCUCUUCCUUGUGGCUUUAAGGAAGCAAUUUCAAACCAUUGUGCACACACUAAAUGUGGGGGGCUAUUAAUUUAAGCUAUGAUUUUAUUUUAUUUUUUGAAUAGAUGAGUUAUUUACAUGAGCAAAAAAAAUAGGGGUACCUGAGUAAGUAAGUACACUACAUUUAAAUUGGUAAGCACAUUGGUCAGAAGAUAUGUAAGCUAUACAUAAUGCUUUCAGACCAAACCAAAGUUUUUCCCCAUCUGUAUAGAACUGAUUUAGAAUGUCAGCUUUUAUUCCCUUUUCACAUCAAAAAGAUCAAUCCUUCAGUAAUUGUUAUUAAAAUUAUUAUUAACAUUAAAGAAUCCUGUAUUGAGUUACUCAACUACACGCUUGGGCUGUAAAAUACUGACACUGAUUGAAAUCAACACAAGUUCCCAAAGCAUUUUGGGCAUUUAAGAACUGGGGCAGAUGUGGUACUUCAAACCAACUGCUUGAGUUCAAUGCAAGUUUGGAACAUCAUUGUUCUGUGUGGGGAUAACGCUACCGUUGUUUGAUAGCUUCCCAGGAGAGCCCUGGGGAGUGGUUUGCCAAACACUAAGGGGCUAAGACCAAUGAUGUAGAAGAUCAGAGUUUAUCAGAGUUUAAACACCUUACUUGCUCUACUUAGGUGAAUUCUUUGCAUCUUAAGAUAGUUCAGAAGCUCAGCUGCUGCUGACCAUUGUGUUAGGCAUAACCGGACCUCUGCUGUUCAACACUGCUUGCAUAUAGAAAAAAAGUCUCUUAAAAGUUGGUACAUCUAUGCCCACGAUCACCAAGAACCCAAGAGAGUCAGGUCCUACUCCAACAAAUACACAACGACGUGACUUCAGCACGCACCUGGCAACUAGUGCAGGGAUGCCAGAGCUCUUGGAACAAGUCCUUGCUCAGAAAAGCAAACACAGAGUAAGAAAGGGGCUGGGUGUGGGCUGGCAUAUCUAAUUUCCACAGGGAAAGCCACUGGAUCACUGGCUGUAGAAUGAGGCUCUAUCUCUCUCCAGCAAGAGAAACUCAAAUGUCACCCACCAAACGUCAUAAGAUGAGCCCCUGUAGGCACCAUGCAGGAAUUCCAUCCUUAAAAACUACUCUGUUGACAGCUUUGGAUUCAAGCUGAAGGUAUUAUGACCGCUGCUAAAAAUGCUUGACUUGCUAUCAAACAGAAGAGCUGGCUUUUUGAAACUUCAUGUCAACUCCAAAAUGCAGAUUCACAAAACAGAACACAAAAACCCACAAGAGAAGAAACCCAGCUUAAGAACAGUCUUGCAGUGAGCUACCAGUUCUGCAUCUGCUUGAUGAGCUGCAGCUUAGUGCUGAGGGCACUCAACCGUCUCCCUCUGCAUGUGGCUGCGGCUGCAGGUGCUUGACUGAGCAGGCUCUGCUGGGUGCAGUGCUUGCACAGCUGCACAGGCCCACAUCACUCUUCUGUCACAUACCUGAGGAGCUGACCUAGCUGAGAGGAAAAGGAAUCCUGAGUUGUGAAUUGCAGAAGUUGGGGCACUCACUGAAAUAAAUAGGAACCCACUGAGAACCACAUACCCAGAGAAGCAGCUUGCCUCUUAGGUACCCCAAGUCACAGACUCGGAUGCUCACAGCAUGUGCUAUGCAAAUGUAGAACUAAUUAGUCUCCAGCCAUGCCCCCAGAAUUAACAGGUGUUUUUCUCAUCUUACGGUUUCUUUACGUUUACUUCAUGAAGCAGCUUUUACAUUUAUUAAGCCCAUAUUCUUGCAUUGUACACAAUAGAAAAGCCCACAAGGAAA